AUGCUUGCCCACCCCUUCCGCACCGCUCUCGCUGCAUUCUCCAAUAGACCGUAUAUAUGUCAGUCGUGUCUGUGCCGGGUGAAACCGCAGCUAUUAGCUUCUAGGCACCCCGUCAUAAAGAUUACAAGCCGAGCUCUUCAGACACAGGACAAUGCUCCCAAUAAGGACAACGCGCCGUUCCGGAAAUCGCUGAAAGAUGCCGCAAAGCAGAAACGAAAACAGGAACGCGAAAAUGCUGGGGCUUCAAAGAAGUCGCAGAAAGGCAAAGACACUCGGCUAGAGAAAUGGGAGCUCACGGUCGGAAUCGAAAUCCAUGCAGAGCUCAACACGGCCCGGAAGCUAUUCUCCAGCGCUACCACUUCUGUCAACGAAUUGCCCAAUACUCAUGUUGCUCUGUUUGAUGCCGCAUUUCCAGGAUCUCAGCCUCAUUUCCAGAUCGAGACACUCAUUCCUGCCUUGCGUUCUGCUCUAGCUUUGAGUUGCAACAUCCAGCAAAAAAGUACCUUUGACCGAAAACACUAUUUUUAUCAGGACCAGCCUGCUGGAUACCAGAUUACCCAGUACUAUGAACCCUUUGCACGGGAUGGCCACAUCACACUCUACCCUCACGAUUUCCCUAGUGGUGUUUCGCCCGAGGGCGGUCCUGUGACAAUUGGCAUAAGGCAGAUUCAGAUAGAGCAAGACACAGCCAAAACCGUGCUUCAGCCCCCUUCCACCUAUCUCCUCGAUUUCAAUCGUGUAUCCCACCCUCUCAUUGAAAUAAUAACGCUUCCUCAUAUCCAUAAUGCUUCGACGGCCGCAGCUUGUGUGCGCAAGAUACAAGGUAUACUCAAAGCCGUCAAUGCGGUAACUGCUGGUAUGGAAAUGGGCGGUCUUCGUGCAGACGUGAACGUUUCGGUUCGUGAGCGAAAUGCGCAGGCUGGAGUAGCCGGUCUAUCAUAUUAUGGGGUUAGCGGCCUAGGGCAGCGGACAGAAAUUAAGAACCUAGCAAGUGUAAAGGCAGUUGAAGAGGCAAUUAUCGCCGAGCGAGAUCGACAAAUCGGAUUACUAGAGAGCGGCGGUGUUGUAGAAGGAGAGACACGUGGGUGGACAAUCGGCAGCAAGACAACGAAGCGGCUGCGAGGCAAAGAAGGCGAGAUCGACUACCGUUAUAUGCCCGACCCAGAUAUCGCACCCAUCAUUGUUGGAAAUGACGUUGUUGAGCACCUUCGGGAGACUCUCCCCAUGCUGUCGGACGAUUACAUACAGAAGCUCGUAUCUAAAGAAUACGGACUGACGUCCAAAGAUGCGAGCACUCUUCUCCUCCUUGAUGACGGCGAUCGGUUAGACUACUAUUUUGAUGUCGUUGAGAACCUCCGAAGUACCUUCUCCGGAACUCGUGAUGUUCUAAGCCGUGUUGGAAAAGUGGCGGGGAACUGGGUCCUCAUGGAAUUGGGCGGACUGUUCAAGAAUGAGGAGUGGUCCAGCAGCCGCGUCCCUUCGGAUGCGCUCGCAGCCAUCAUAGCCCAUCUACUACGCAAGCAGAUUACCGGCCGGACCGCGAAGCUUCUCCUUUCCAUGAAAUUUGAAGGAGACGCCCGCUUAGUCGAACACAUUAUCAUUGACGAUGAUAUGAUUCUACGGCCACUGUCCCGUCAAGAGUACACGGCACUGGCUGAGAAGGUCCUAGAAGGGAAGCCAGACAUGGUAAGAGAUAUUGUCGAAAAUCAGCAGCAUCAGAAACUGAAAUGGUUCGUUGGGCAAAUGAUGGCUAGGAGCGCUGAAGGCACAGUGGAACCUGGCGCUGCAGAGGCAACCCUAAGGGAGUUGUUGCAGCUUCCUCCUUUGGAGCAGAAAUAAGAGAGCGGUAAAG